UUCUCUCUCGUCUCUGAUUCACACACAGCUGAGGUUAGACUGUGCUGGUGAAAGCAGUUUCACUUCUAUGUUCACUGUUUACAGGGCUUUCACGGUGACUCUCUCUUCAGUUGCAUUGGUUAUUGACAGUCACUGGAAAAUUUGUUCAAAAUGCUGACUUUUACGUCGCGACACAGUUCGGAUAUGGAGGAGUCAAGUGGGCCGGAUCUGAUGGACAUCUACGAGUCCAUCCUGGAGAGGAAGAGGCACAACAGCGAGCAGUCGUCCUGCGGCGCGCUGGAGUACCAUGACCUGGAGGCGGCCGAGGCGCUGGUGUGCAUGAGCUCCUGGGGUCAGAGGUCGCACAAGCCCCGCCCACUGACCCCCACCUCCGACUCCUGCGACUCCCUCCUGCAGCACCCGGACCCCGCGGAAACCCCAAAGGACUUUGUCUCCCUCUCGUCACUGUGUAUGACGCCACCUCACAGUCCCAGCUUCUCAGAGAGCCCCGCCGCCUCCCCCGCGCCCAUCGCGGGGCCGAGGAGCGUCUCGUCUGCGCUGUGCCCCGGCGUGCCUCGCCGCGCCAACACUCACCUCCGGCAGGGCGUGGCGGGCACAGCGCCGCCCUGCAGAGCCAUGGCGACCAGCGUCAUCCGCCACACGGGCGACAGGUCUUCCAGCCAGCACAUUCCAGCAGGGGGCGCUGAACAGCACAGGCUGGCGAAGACAGCUCCCCCUCCCCAGCGACCGCGGGAAGGGGAGGCCCAGCCGCGGAGCCCCCUCGCCGGGGCCUCCCCGCCCUCCGCCCUCCCCUCCCAAAACGCCGGCGGCCCCGCGUGCGCUGGGGUCAAGAAGGAAAGCCGCUCUCCGUCGCCCGAGAGCAUGGCUCCGCCCCUUCCUCCCACUGGCCCCGCCCUGUCCCCGCCCCCCGUCGCCAGCCCUCCGCUGUUCUGCCAGAUGUUCCCCGUGAGCGGCCAGCCCGGCGUGAUCUCCGCCUUCAUCCAGGCGCAGGUCCAGCCGCAGCCCGGGGCCAAGGCCCUCCUCCGCCAGGCCCCGUCCCUCGCCCAGCCCAUCCUCGUGGGCCAGGCGGUGCCCCAGGGGGCCGUCAUGUUCGUGCUCCCCCAGCCGUGUCCCGUGUCCCAGGUCUCCCAGUGCCCGCAGGCGGUGGUCACCCUGGGCAACACCAAACUGCUGCCCCUGGCGCCCGCGCCCGUCUACAUGCCGUCGGGCCAGAGCGCCGGCGCCCCCCAGGUCGACCUGUCCAGGCGACGGAACUACGUCUGCAACUUUCCGGGCUGCAGGAAGACGUACUUCAAGAGCUCCCAUCUGAAGGCCCAUCUGCGAACUCACACAGGAGAGAAACCGUUCACCUGCAACUGGGAAGGCUGCGACAAGAAGUUCGCGCGCUCGGACGAGCUCUCCCGCCACCGCCGCACGCACACGGGCGAGAAGAAGUUUGCGUGCCCCGUGUGCGACAGGCGCUUCAUGCGCAGCGACCACCUGACCAAGCACGCCCGCCGGCACAUGACCGCCAAGAAAGUUCCCUCGUGGCAGGCCGAAGUCCGCGACCUCAACAAGACCUCCGCCGCCAAGCCGCCCGUCGCCCCGGGAACCGCGCUGCCCCUCAACGUGUUUACGCCCGCCUCAAACUAGCUCAUCCCCAUCAUCAACCAAUCAGCUGCCUCAGGACUGACCUCUCACCAAUCGCUUUUGCGAAAACAAAAUUAAGGCUGCUACCAGUUCAUGGGAAAAAAAAGACUGAUCUUGCACUGGAAUUCUCUCUUUUUUUGUUGCUCAUUUGUACAUAUUUUAAAUGAUUUUUUUUUUUGUUGUUUAUUGUGUUUUACAGACUGUAUGCUCAGUAUUUGCCAAAGCCUUGUAUAAAUUGUCUUACUGUUUGACUGUCAUUGUAUAUUUGUACAUAUACACAUCUAUAUAUGAAUGUAUUGUGUGUUUCAAUCUGCAUUUAUUUACAGAAUAUGAAAAUGUCCGUAAGUGAUCAGUAUUCUCUACUGUGAUUAAUGCAUACUAUCUCAUUUUGCAUAUUAUUUAAUAAACAUUUGUAAGAAAUUUUG